CUGGGACCCUCCGGGCCUGAUCGCUCCUACACGAACCAGACCCUUCGCCGCCCUCACGAUGACUACCUCUCCGAUCCUGCAGUUGCUGUUGCGGCUCUCACUGUGGGGGCUGCUGCUCCGGAGGGCGGAGACAGGCUCUGAGGGGCAGACGGCGGGGGAGCUGUACCAGCGCUGGGAACGGUACCGCAGGGAGUGCCAGGAGACCUUGGCAACCGCGGAACUGCCUUCAGGCCUCGCCUGUAACGGGUCCUUCGAUAUGUACGUCUGCUGGGACUAUGCUGCACCCAACGCCACUGCCCGUGCGUCCUGCCCCUGGUACCUGCCCUGGUACCACCACGUGGCUGCAGGUUUUGUCCUCCGCCAGUGUGGCAGUGAUGGCCAAUGGGGACUUUGGAGAGACCACACACAAUGUGAGAACCCAGAGAAGAAUGAGGCCUUUCUGGACCAAAGGCUCAUCUUGGAGCGGUUGCAGGUCAUGUACACCGUUGGCUACUCCCUGUCUCUUGCCACACUGCUGCUAGCCCUGCUCAUCUUGAGCUUGUUCAGGCGACUACAUUGCACUAGAAACUAUAUCCACAUCAACCUGUUCACGUCUUUCACACUGCGAGCGGCGGCGAUUCUCAGCCGAGACCGUCUACUACCUCGACCUGGCCCCUACCUUGGGGACCAGGCCCCUGUGCUGUGGAACCAG